UUCGGUGCCAUAAUGCCCAAGACAAUCUUUUGGGCUUUCAAGGAAACCUCAAAAUGGAGACAAAAUUUUUUCUCAAAUUGAUCAGUUUUUCGAAUCAUGAAGCAAAGGCUAGUCUCCGUUGGGGAACAAGGGAGUCAUCAUCUCUUCAGUCAAAACAAAAGAAUAACCCAGUUAGGAAAAUCGGGUCAAAUCGAAGAUGCAAUCAAAGUUUUCACUCAAAUGGCCCAGAAAAAUACUGUCACAUAUAAUUCAAUGAUCUCUGCCUACGCGAAAAAUGGAAGAAUCAAUGCUGCGCGCAACCUGUUCGAUAAAAUGCCUCGCAGAAAUUUAGUUUCUUGGAACACUAUGGUUUCUGGGUACUUGCAUAAUGGGAAGUUUGAUGAAGCCUAUAAACUGUUUGUUAUAAUGCCUCGAAGGGACUUAUUUUCUUGGACUUUGAUGAUUACUUGUUAUACGCGUAAUGGGGAGGUUGAGAAGGCGAAGGAGUUGUUUGAUUCGCUUCCGUGUAGUUAUAGGAAAGGAGUUGCUUGUUGGAAUGCGAUGAUUUCAGGUUAUGUGAAGAAAGGGAGAGUUAAUGAAGCUAAGAGGUUGUUUGAUGAAAUGCCGGUUAAGAAUUUAAUUUCAUGGAACUCAAUGCUGGCUGGGUAUACUCAGAAUCGAAAAAUGCGAUUGGGUUUGGAGUUUUUUAAUGAAAUGGAUGAACGUGAUGUAGUUUCAUGGAAUUUGAUGGUUGAUGGGUUUCUCCAAGUGGGUGAUUUGGAUUCUGCGUGGAAGUUUUUUCAAGAGAUUCCAAAGCCUAAUGUUGUUUCUUGGGUUACAAUGUUAAGUGGGUUUGCACGAAAUGGAAAUAUUUUGGAGUCUAGGAGGCUCUUUGACCAAAUGCCGAGUAGAAAUAUUGUUUCUUGGAAUGCAAUGAUUUCUGCUUAUGUUCAGAGAUGUGAAAUUGAUGAGGCUAGUCGGUUAUUUGAGGAGAUGCCGGAGAGGGAUUCUGUGUCAUGGACUACUAUGAUUAAUGGGUAUGUUCGUGUUGGUAAGCUUGAUGAAGCAAGAGAGUUGUUGAAUGAAAUGCCUUACAGGAACAUUGGGGCCCAAACAGCAAUGAUUUCUGGUUACAUACAAUGUAAUAAAGUGGAUGAAGCUAGAAGAUUCUUUGAUGAGAUAGGCACCUGGGAUGUGGUUUGUUGGAACGCUAUGAUUGCAGGUUAUGCACACCAUGGAAGAAUCAAUGAAGCUCUCUGUCUAUCCAAACGAAUGGUCAAUAAAGACAUGGUCACAUGGAAUACCAUGAUUUCUUGUUAUGCUCAAGGAGGCCAAAUGGAUAGAGCCGUGAAGAUCUUUGAAGAGAUGGGGGAGAGGGAUUUAGUAUCUUGGAACUCAUUAAUUGCCGGUUUCAUGCUAAAUGGACAGAAUUUGGAUGCUCUAAAAAGUUUUGCAUUGAUGAGUCUUGAAGGUAAGAAACCUGAUCAGUUAAGUUUUGCUUGUGGACUAAGUUCAUGUGCCACUAUUGCAGCCCUCGAAGUUGGGAACCAACUUCACCAGGUGGCUGUGAAGAGUGGUUAUUUGAAUUAUUUAGUUGUCAACAAUGCAUUGAUCACCAUGUAUGCUAAAUGUGGAAGAAUCUUGGAAGCUGAGCUUGUGUUCAAUGGAAUUUGUCAUGCUGACGUCAUUUCUUGGAAUUCUUUGAUUGGUGGGUAUGCAAUAAAUGGAUAUGGAAAAGAGGCACUUAAACUCUUUGAGGAGAUGGCUUUGGAAGGGAUGGCUCCUGAUGAAGUCACCUUCAUUGGUAUUUUGUCUGCAUGUAAUCAUGCUGGCAUGGUUGAUCACGGCCUAAAAUUGUUCAAAUGCAUGAGUAAAGUGUAUGCUAUAGAACCAUUGGCGGAGCACUAUGCUUGUAUGGUUGACUUGCUUGGACGGGUGGGGAGGUUAGACGAAGCCUUUGAAAUAGUGAGGGGAAUGAAGGUGAAAGCCACUGCAGGAGUAUGGGGUGCAUUGCUCGGGGCUUGCCGUGCACAUGGGAAUCUGGAACUUGGAAGGCUAGCUGCUCACAAGCUUUCGGAAUUUGAACCUCAUAAAACAUCAAAUUAUGUGCUCUUGUCAAACAUUCACGCCGAAGCAAACAGAUGGAAUGAGGUGCAGGAAGUAAGGAUGUUGAUGAACGCAGGUAGCACGGUAAAAGAACCCGGAUGCAGCUGGGUUGAGGUGAGAAAUCAAGUGCACGGCUUUCUGUCAGAUGAUUCAACUCAGUCUAGACCGGAUAUUGGCGUUACUCUGGCAAGCUUAAAUUCUCACAUAAGAAACGCAUUUAACCUUUCUGAAGUCUCUGCUUGACUAUACGAUUUUACUUUGGAGGUCACAGUUUGUUCAUCUGUGUUCUAUUAGCAACUUGUACAUUAGGAAAUAUACAAUUCAAUGUAAACUAUGUAAACUCAGAACAGAAUGCCUCAGUCUUGAGCUGAUUUAUCUCUUUU